CUGUGACUUAGACAGCAGGACGGCAUCCUGAGACCAUGUUGGCGCGGCUUUUUAGGCUCCACGGCCUGCUGGUGGCCUCCCACCCGUGGGAGGUGAUCGUGGGCACCCUCGCUCUCACCGUCUGCCUCGUGUCGAUGAACAACCUGGCGACCAGCAGCCAGAUGUGCACCUGGAACGAGUGCCCUAAAGUGGAGGAGAAAAUCCACAGCAGUGACGUCAUCAUCCUAACAAUCACGCGCUGCACGGCCAUCGUUUAUAUCUAUUUCCAGUUCAAGAAUCUGCGGCAACUGGGCUCUAAAUAUAUACUGGGUAUUGCGGGUUUGUUCACGGUGUUUUCCAGCUUCGUCUUCAGCACGGUGGUCAUCCACUUCUUUGGGAAGGAGCUGACGGGUCUAAAUGAAGCGCUGCCGUUCUUCCUCCUGCUCAUUGACCUCUCCAAAGCCUGCGCAUUGGCCAAAUUUGCACUCAGCUCAAACUCUCAGGAGGAGGUGAGGGAGAACAUCUCUCAGGGCAUGGCCAUCCUGGGUCCCACCUUCACCCUGGACGCUCUGGUCGAGUGUCUCGUUAUUGGCAUUGGGACCAUGUCAGGUGAGGAGCA